UGUGCGGGUGCUCGAGCUGCGAAGUGAUCGCCUGCUGAAUUGCGCGCGUCUCCUUUAAGAGUGGCCGUGUCCGCACGCGGGGGCGCGGGCGCGGGCGCGGUGGGGGCUGCGCGAUCCCGACGCGACACAAACUCUCCCGGCUCCAUUCACACGGCUGCCCCGCCGCAGAGCGCUGCACUUAAACGGAGAGCUGCUCUUCUGUGGGACCCCAGUCGCUGAGAAUCACGCAGGAAUACCACGAUUGGGGUGGGGGUCAAAGAGCAGAAUGAAACUAUUUUCCCCACUUCUUCGGUUAUCAUAAGAGGCAGAAGGGUCCUUAAUCUCCGUUUACAAGCCCGGUUCGGGUUCUCUGGUAUUCAUUUUUGUUAUUUUGUGUUCGCCUCUAAGUUGCCGUCGCCCGCUCAUCAAAGUGGCCGAGAAGCUGGUUUGUUAAAGGGAUACGUUUGUGCGGAAAUCCACGGUCUGCUAUGGAGGAACCCAACUUCCAAAAUGUGUUUAGACAGUAAUGGUGCUUUGGAUCUGGGGUGUAACGAAUCCUUUGCACGCCUUGUGCCACAGUACCAGGAGCUCGCCUCGAACACUUCCAAUGGGACCUCCGAACAAGAGCCGCUCCCAUCCUUGGACAUCACCAGAGCUGCCACGGUGGGGCUCAUCCUCGGCGCUUUCAUUCUCUUUGCUAUCGUUGGCAACAUCUUGGUGAUCCUUUCCGUGGCGUGCAACAGGCACCUGCAGACCCCGACUAACUACUUCAUCAUCAAUCUGGCCAUCGCGGACCUGCUGCUCAGCACCACCGUGCUGCCGGUGUCCGCCACCAGGGAGAUCAUUGAUUACUGGGUGUUUGGCAGAAUAUUUUGUGACAUCUGGGCUGCGGUGGACGUCCUGUGCUGCACUGCCUCCAUAAUGAGCCUGUGCGUCAUCUCCAUCGACAGGUACAUCGGAGUGCGCUACUCGCUCCAGUAUCCCAGCAUCGUGACGGGAAAGAAGGCGCUGCUGGCGCUGCUCGGGGUCUGGAUUCUGUCCAUGGUCAUCUCCAUCGGACCACUGCUGGGAUGGAAGGAGCCGGCCCCGGCCGACGAGACGGAGUGCAACAUCACCGAGGAGCCCUUCUACGCGCUCUUCUCCUCCCUGGGCUCUUUCUACAUCCCCCUCAUUGUGAUCAUUGCCAUGUACUGCAGGGUGUACAUCGUGGCCAAACGGACUACGCGGAACCUGGAAGCAGGGGUGAUGAAGGAGAGGUCAGACUCCAAGGAGUUCACGCUGCGAAUCCAUUACAAAGCCACGCAGGACGACCUCGGAGGCGUCAAUAAAUGCCGAGGCCAGCACGCCAGGAGCUCCUUGUCCAUCAAACUCCUCAAGUUUUCCAGGGAGAAGAAGGCCGCCAAGACGCUGGGGAUCGUGGUGGGAAUGUUCAUCCUCUGCUGGCUGCCGUUCUUCAUUGUGCUGCCGCUAGGCUCCUUCUUCACUCAACUCCGAGCACCGCCCACCAUUUUUAAGGUGAUCUUCUGGCUGGGAUACUUCAACAGCUGCUUGAAUCCUAUCAUCUAUCCGUGUUCAAGCAAGGAGUUCAAGAGGGCCUUCCUACGCAUCCUCAAGUGCCAGUGUCGCCGUAAGAAGCGUCCCGGCUGGAAGGCCUACACCUACCGCAGCUGGAACAUCAGCUCCUCCGAGAACUCCAGGAAGGACUCCAUGGACGACAGUUCCAUCUACCUGAACGGCAGCCAGAGGACGCUGUCUUCGGCCAAUCCCAGUCCAAGCUACAUGAACAAGAGUCUCCAGCAGAGCCUGGAGUUAAACGCCAUGCCAGACUUUCGAGCCUUCCACAUUGGCCAGGCAGAGGGGUCCCACAAACAGUACCGCUCCCUGAGGGUGGUCAGCGAGUACAAUGGCUUUGUGACGUCGCGGAGGCCAUCAGAAGACUUGCCGAGGAUCAGAGAGGUUGACGACACCCUUCCGAAUGGACUGUUUCUGUCACCAUGUGUAGGUCGGAAUUAGGAAACCCCUCAUGAAGUUUUAGAGGGUGUUGCAUAUGGUGGCCAUUUGUGUCCCAUUGGUGCUACUCCUUGACAUUUGCACUUGUGUAUGAUGGGGGUGUUGGGUUUGGAAGAUGGGGGGGACAAUAUUACAAUACCACCUCCGGAGAUCACAGCCAAUUGUCAACCUUAAUGGAGAGUUCAUACGUACCGUCAGACACUUUCAGGUGGGACGUCUGAGGAUCCCCGCCUUCUCUGCUGUUUUCAUGCCCACUAUGGUCUUGCCACAGUGUAUUAUGAUGGACCAACCCUGGAUGGGGCCCCAAUUCCACUCUGCUUCACUGAAGUAGUGAUGUUGGUAUGUGCAGGCCCAUCAUGGGCGUCAUGAGAUGAGACUGAAAGACCACUGGGCAUUUCUAAAUGUGCUGAGAAAUAAAACAAAUCAUGAUAAUGGAAGACGAGUGUGCGUAGAGCUCUCUGCAUUCAUCCAUCCUUAUAUCCUUUGGUGCAGUGCAUGCUGGGUCAUAUAAUUCAGCUCUCCUCCAGAUUAGCAGGUGGAAUCUUCCAGAAGGCAGGAGAUGAGGGCCAAACUCAGGAAUUAACUUUUUUAUUUUAAUCAGGGGUCAGUUACAUUUGCAUUUAUUUGCUUAGUCAACGCUUUAAUUUCUAAAAUGACCUACAAAAGUGGUCAACAUAAAUGAGUAGACAUCAAUCUGGGGGACGGUGUGGCAGCAGAGGUGACAGGACAAGGUGACAAAAUUUGUCAUCACAAACGAGGAGCUUAGAACAGGGAAGGAAACCGCACUUCC